GCCACCGGAGCCCGGGAUGGGGCGAGAGGCUGUGGCGGACGCCAGCAUCUCCCCGCCGGGGGCCCCGGGGGCCGCGGAGCCGCCGCCGCCGCUGCUGCCGCCGCUGCUGAGACCCGGCGGGCGAUGGGAUGAAGAUGAGACGCUACAAGCUCUUUCUCAUGUUCUGUAUGACCGGCCUGUGCCUCAUCUCCUUCCUGCACUUCUUUAAGACCCUGUCCUAUGUCACCUUCCCCCGCGAACUGGCCUCCCUCAGCCCUAACCUCGUCUCCAGCUUCUUCUGGAACAAUGCCCCGGUCACGCCCCAGGCCAGCCCGGAGCCGGGCGGCCCCGACCUGCUGCGGACCCCGCUCUAUUCCCACUCGCCCCUGCUCCAGCCGCUGUCACCGAGCAAGGCCACCGAGGAGCUCCACCGCGUGGACUUUGUGCUGCCGGAGGACACGACCGAGUAUUUUGUCCGCACCAAAGCGGGCGGCGUGUGCUUCAAGCCGGGCACCAAGACGCUGGAGAAGCCCCCGUCAGGGCGGCCAGAGGAGAAGCCGGAGGCGGGGGACGGCUCGUCCGCGCGGGGCCCCGCCCGCCACCUGCUGAGCGCCCGAGAGCGCCCGGGGAGCCGGGGCCCGCGGCGCAAGUGGGUGGAGUGCGUGUGCCUGCCCGGCUGGCACGGGCCCAGCUGCGGCGUGCCCACCGUGGUGCAGUACUCCAACCUGCCCACCAAGGAGCGCCUGGUGCCCCGGGAGGUGCCGCGCCGGGUCAUCAACGCCAUCAACAUCAACCACGAGUUCGACCUCCUGGACGUGCGCUUCCACGAGCUGGGCGACGUGGUGGACGCCUUCGUGGUGUGCGAGUCCAACUUCACCGCCUACGGCGAGCCGCGGCCGCUCAAGUUCCGCGAGAUGCUCACCAACGGCACCUUCGAGUACAUCCGCCACAAGGUGCUCUACGUCUUCCUGGACCACUUCCCGCCGGGCGGCCGGCAGGACGGCUGGAUCGCCGACGACUAUCUGCGCACCUUCCUGACGCAGGACGGCGUGUCGCGCCUGCGCAACCUGCGGCCCGACGACGUCUUCAUCAUCGACGACGCCGACGAGAUCCCCGCGCGCGACGGCGUCCUCUUCCUCAAGCUCUACGACGGUUGGACGGAGCCCUUCGCCUUCCACAUGCGCAAGUCGCUCUACGGCUUCUUCUGGAAGCAGCCGGGCACCCUGGAGGUGGUGUCGGGCUGCACGGUGGACAUGCUGCAGACGGUGUACGGGCUGGACGGCAUCCGCCUGCGGCGCCGCCAGUACUACACCAUGCCCAACUUCCGGCAGUACGAGAACCGCACGGGCCACAUCCUGGUGCAGUGGGCGCUGGGCAGCCCCCUGCACUUCGCCGGCUGGCACUGCUCCUGGUGCUUCACCCCCGAGGGCAUCUACUUCAAGCUCGUGUCGGCCCAGAACGGCGACUUCCCCCGCUGGGGCGACUACGAGGACAAGCGGGACCUCAACUACAUCCGGGGCUUGAUCCGCACGGGGGGCUGGUUCGACGGCACGCAGCAGGAGUACCCGCCGGCAGACCCCAGCGAACACAUGUACGCCCCCAAGUACCUCCUCAAGAACUACCGCCAGUUCCGCUACCUGCUGGACAACCCCUACCAGGAGCCCAGGAGCACCGCGGAGGGCCGGCGGCGGGACAAGGACCCCGAGGACAGACCGCCGCCGGCCAGGGGCAAAUUGGAUGUACUGGAAGGCUAAGGCUGCGUGAUCUUCUGGGGCCAGCAGCGGCUGACCCACUUUCUGCCGCCUUGCGUGGUUCUUGAGAGGAGACCAGAAGUGGGUGGGAAGCUGGGGGUCUUCCCUCGUUUAUGCUCUGUGAAUCAGGGGUCAGGCCUUUCUGCUUGGGGCACGUCUGCUCCUCCCUUUUGCCUGCCAAGAGUUCUGUGCCCAGGGGGUGCCAAUGGAGAGUAUGUGAUGAUUACUGGGUAGUUGGGGGGGUAGGUGGGGUGCGGGGGUGGUGGACCUCACCAAGGGCAGGUGUGGGAGCUGCCGGCCUGCUGGGAAGAAUCCAGCCAUUUGCAUCAGUGGUCUCUGGACCUGCGGUGAGAAAGGAGGUCCCAGGGCUUUAAAUUGAUGCCUACCUGUCUAGGAGGAAGAGGACAUGAAGGUGGGAGGGGGUGGAAAGCAGCAUGCAGCUGGGAGGCAGUGCGGAUGGAUGCUUUGCCAAGUUCCCAGAACUCCUGGGUCAGAGGGAAAACAACAGCCACUCAUCUGCCCCUCUCCCCCCUCACCCAGCCCCCACCCCCAACCCAGGGCACUGCUGGACUGGGAGCACCCUGCCCCUGAGCCCAGCUCUGCUGUCCCCAGCCCCUCACCAGCUGACAUAGGCCUGGGGAGUCUUCUAAGGCCAGGGAUCCUGUUUUUAGGGUGGGAUGGGAGCCAGAGGCUGGACCCACAGCCAACCUAGUAGUUCAGGCCUGGAGGUGGGGGUGGGAUG